AAAGGGUCGCUCGACACACACACCCCCAAAGGGGUUGUGACCCACAGGUUGAGCACCACUGGUUUAGAGGAAGGAUUUGAAAGGGCAAAGGGACAUGGUUUUCUUAGCAAAGGAAACGUGCUCUGACGAGUGGGGGAGAUAGCCAGUACCAAGCACUGGGCAGGCAGGAGGGUGCGGAGCAAGCAGGACACUGAGGUCUGGGCUCCUGCUGCCACCACCGAAUGGCUGCACAGGACGAUGGAAAUAACGGGAGAGAGGUUAGGGGCAAAGGAGGUUAGCAGGAAACUAUGGCCGCUCCUUCAGAUGCGGAGUGAUGGGUGUGAGAGUGGGAAGGAAGGAAGGAACCCGAGGGAUCUGGGCAUGGCAUGGGGUGGAGUUGAACUUACCUUUGAGAAGACAUUAAAACCACCAGACGGCUCUACGAUGAUAACAGAGUGGAGAACGCACUUGAUAGAAUGAGUAUAAGGCGCAGACCCCAAGGUGUGGCCACGUCAGCACAUAGAGCGAUAUCCAGCGUGGGCCCCCGCACUUGGCACCGACUGGCCGUGGCCCCCAUUGACUCCGGAGGAUGAGGCUCCUCCGUAGGCGCCACAUGCCCCUGCGCCUGGCCAUGGUGGGCGGCGCCUUCUUGCUCUUCCUCUUCAUCCUGCAGAGGGACGUGAGCUACAGGGAGCAAGCCACCGAGAAACCAUGGCUGCAGUCCCUGGUGAGUCAGAAGGACCACGUCCUGGACCUCAUGCUGGGAGCCGUCAACAACCUCCGGGAUUCGAUCCCCAAACUCCAGAUCAAGGCUCCGGAGCCCCAGGAGACCAUGGUGCCCACAAGCCUGUCCUGCCUCCCUGGCUUCUAUGCGUCCGCUGAACUGAAGCCCUUCUGGGAGCGGCCGCCCCAGGACCCCAACAGCCCUGGGGCAGAUGGGAAAGCAUUUCAGAAAAGCACAUGGACCCCCCAAGAGACCCAGGAGAAAGAGGAGGGCUACAAGAAGCACUGCUUCAACGCCUUUGCCAGUGACCGCAUUUCCCUACAGAGGGCAUUGGGACCGGACUCACGGGCUCCUGAGUGUGUGGACCAGAAGUUCCAUCGCUGCCCGCAGCUGCCCACCACCAGCGUCAUCAUUGUGUUCCACAACGAGGCCUGGUCCACGCUGCUGCGGACUGUGUACAGCGUCCUACACACGGCCCCUGCCAUCUUCCUGAAGGAGAUCAUCCUGGUGGAUGACGCCAGCACUGAAGAGUACUUAAAGAAGCCGCUGGACCAGUACGUGCAGCACCUGCAGAUCGUGAGGGUGGUGCGGCAGCAAGAGCGGAAGGGGUUAAUCACUGCCCGGCUCCUGGGGGCCAGCGUGGCCCAGGCUGAGGUGCUGACUUUCCUGGAUGCCCACUGUGAGUGCUUCCAUGGCUGGCUGGAGCCCCUCCUGGCUCGCAUCGCCGAGGACCAGACGGCCGUGGUGAGCCCAGACAUCGUCACCAUCGACCUGAACACUUUCGAGUUUGCCAAGCCGACCCUGAGGGGCAGGGUUCAUAGCCGGGGCAACUUUGACUGGAGCCUGACCUUCGGCUGGGAAGCCCUCCCUCCCCACGAGACGCAGAGGCGCAAGGAUGAGACCUACCCCAUCAAAUCCCCGACGUUUGCCGGCGGCCUCUUCUCCAUCUCCAAGGCCUACUUUGAGCACCUCGGUACCUAUGAUAAUCAGAUGGAGAUCUGGGGAGGGGAGAACGUGGAAAUGUCCUUCAGGGUGUGGCAGUGUGGGGGCCAGCUGGAGAUCAUCCCCUGCUCCGUGGUGGGCCACGUGUUCCGUACCAAGAGCCCUCACACCUUCCCUAAGGGCAUCAACGUCAUUGCUCGCAACCAAGUCCGCCUGGCUGAGGUCUGGAUGGACGACUACAAGGAGAUUUUCUACCGGAGGAACCUGCAGGCAGCAAAGAUGGCUCAGGAGAAGACCUUUGGUGACAUUUCGGAACGACUGAAGCUGAGGGAACAGCUACACUGUCGCAACUUUUCCUGGUUCCUACACAACAUCUACCCAGAGAUGUUUGUCCCCGACCUGAAACCCACCUUCUACGGAGCCAUCAAGAGCCUGGGGACCAACCUGUGCCUGGACGUGGGCGAGAACAACCAUGGCGGGAAGCCCCUCAUCCUGUACGUCUGCCACGGCCUCGGGGGCAACCAGUACUUUGAAUACACAACCCACAGGGACCUUCGCCACAACAUCGCAAAGCAGCUAUGUCUACAUGCCAGCGCUGGCACCCUGGGCCUGAGGAGCUGUCACUUCUCUGGCAAAAACAGGCAGGUCCCCAAGGACGAGGAAUGGGAAUUGACCCAGGGCCAGCUCUUCAGAAACUCAGGCUCUGGGACCUGCCUGACAUCCCAGAGCAAGCAUCCAGCCAUGACCCCCUGCAAUCCCAGGGAUCCCCACCAGCACUGGCUCUUCAACUAAGCCCUGGGGAAGCCUGCACAGCCUCUCAGGAAACAGCCUUGCCAAUGACUGGGGACCGGUCAUUGGUGCCUUUGUGGGCCUGGAGGAUGGACGUCGAGACCCCAUAAGUGCCACGGCAGGACCUUUCUCCUCCUUGCAAGAUCAUCGGGCCACCGACACGCUGCUGGAAGGAUGGGGCCUAGAACUUACCCUCUGUCCUAGAAACAGAGGCUUCCAAAGCCCAGCAGGCAGCUAGGGCAGGGCCUUCAGACAACAGCGUGAACUCACCAAAACAAAAACCAAAAAAACCCCACUCCGGCCACCUUGUCCCCAAUCCCUGCUCCCCUGGAAUCUCAUCAUAAUGUGACCUCCCCGGGGGAGGAGAGCUCUGAGACAGCCUCCCUUGCUCUAUUACUCCCAGUUUGAAAAGCCAAUUCUGGUGUAUAGAGAGCACCCUGACUUAGGCCCUGUAUCUUAUUUCAUCUGCACAGUAGUCCUUGGAGGCAGGCAGGCGAGGCAUCGUGCCCGUUUUAUAGACAGACGCAGAAGCAGACCGCUGCGACAGGGCUUGCCACAGCCCCACCGCUAGGGAUUGGUGGAACCGGAAUUGAUCUCAACUCGGAACCAAGCUCCCUCCGCCACACCCCGAGAACACUACUCAACUAGCCCCUGGUCCUUCCAGGCCCACGUCCCUUCACUUCCGACUGCACCAGCCAGCUGGCUUUCGUAAAGCCUAGCACAAUGGAGCCAGGUAGCCAGGGUGGGAGAGGCCUCGUUUGGGCAUCCCAAAUGUGGAUGUUGAAAGAAAGCUUAAGUCCCAGAACCCAAUUUUCAAAACCCUGCAUAUAAAGUAGGAGCCCUGGUGGCAUAGUGGUUACACCGUGGGCUAUGAUCCGCAAGGUCAACAGUUCAA